AUGACGUCUCAAUGGUUCAGGCAAAACAUUUUCGCAUCGGCCCCUGAAAAGAGAGAAGAAUCCCUAAAAAAGAUUCAAGAGAUCAUCAAAAGGAAAAUGAAAGAUGAUUUGAAUAGGAAGGUGGAGGAGAUUCCAGAAGUCUCGCCCGAUUGGAGUCCGGAGUUACAAGAAAAGAUUGGAGCAAUGUACAAAAGUCUCAAACCACACAAAGACGUCUAUCCAUAUACACCAAUGGAAGGAGACUUAGCCAUACCAACUGGGGGACUUGCCAAAUGUCGUUGCAGCAAAGAAUGCGACAAAGUACUGCCACAACCGGAAUAUCACGUAAUCUCACAGACAGAGGAAGACAAGCGAUGGUUUACGGAACUAGAUUAUCCACUUGUGACGAUACCGGUUAAAACAUUGGAAGGACCUGAUAUUGAAGUUCGGUUGAGGUUCAAUGAGAAGACUCAAGAAAGGACCGAGUUUGCAAAUUUUGCAAAAUAA